ACUCCACACCACCACACCUUCUUCCUUCACAAUGGAAGAAGAGCAAUCAACAACCGCCACCUCUUCUUCUGGUUCAACCACCUCUGCACAAUGUGAAGCAGGAAAGAUUAGCAAGAGAGUGAAGAAGCAGCAAGUAGUCGAAAACGGGAGCGAGAAAGGAGCAAAGAGUGAUGGGAGUGAAGAAGGUAGUAAGCAGCAUCCAAUGUAUAGAGGAGUUCGAAUGCGUCAAUGGGGGAAAUGGGUAUCAGAAAUCAGAGAGCCGAGAAAGAAGUCGAGAAUAUGGCUCGGAACAUUUGAGACACCCGAAAUGGCGGCUCGAGCUCACGACGUGGCGGCUCUGACGAUCAAAGGCCGCUCGGCCUACUUAAACUUCCCCGAGCUAGCUAAGGAGCUUCCUCGUCCAGAUAGCUCAUCGCCGAAGGACAUUCAAGCUGCUGCAGCCAAAGCCGCUGCUAUUAGCUACCCUAACUGCAGCAGUAGCCAUGAAGCUCAUGAAGAGGAAGAAGUCCAGCCGGUUCAAGAUUCAUCAACUUCACCAAUAUCAGAUGAUCAUAACGAUGAUACAUUUUAUGACCUUCCUGAUCUGCUGUUAGAUGUUGGACAGUAUCAAGGUGAUCAUGAGUACUACUUUCCGGUGGCGACCUGGCAGCUCGGAGGAGCCGAUCCGAUUGAUACAAGUCUUAGAAUGGAAGAGUCUUUCUUAUGGGAUUAAAGAGCAAUAUAUCAAACUGUCACAACCGCCGGCUUAGCGUAUUUGGUCUUUGGAGUACAAUGCACGCUCAAAACAGGAAGUGAUCGAAGAUGGUCAAAGAAGAAGGAAUUCGAACUGUGGAGUAAAUUCCUUAGUUGUACAGAUUUUUUUUUUUUUUUUUUUUUUUUUUUGAGAAUGUUAGUUGUACAGAUUGUAUGGAUCGAAAUGUCAAAAUAACCAUGCGUGCCUAUUUAGAAAAAGAAUAAGAAAUUAGUGCACCAUUUUCAUGUAUUAUUUUCAGUUAUGAAAUAUAAUUGCUA